ACGUGAGUGAGUGAGUAAACGAUGACAGAAUUUUCAUUCAUUUUAAUUUUUAACAUAUAAAAAUGAUUAUGGCAUCAGAUAUAGAGGCUGCCUUGGUGGUCAGAGCUUCAAACAAAUCUCUAAAACCUCAAACAGAAAAGCAAAAUAGUGAGAUCGAAACUGCAUCUGGAUAUCUAAACGCACCUGAGCCCUUUUCAGAAGUCUAAUGCAAAUUCCCAACUAAACAGUAGCCCAUCUAUCUCUUUUUACAUGACCCGCCCAUAUAGUCCAUGGCUAGAAGAAGGAAUCUGGUUAGUCUGGUAGCGUGCGGACUAAUGGAGGCAUGGUCUGUUUAACUGCACACGCCUCCUCAGUCAUUCUCUCUCUUUUUAGCAUAUAAACACCUCAUCACUGUCACCAGAGUGAAAGCUGCGCUGCAGACAGGAAUGAGUGAAGAAGGAAACACCACAAGGCCUCCAAAAAGGCUUUAACUGGCGAGAAGAGGCCUUAGUGUAGCUGUGGACGUGGAUAACCGAACCUCAGCGAGAUGGCUUCUCUAGGCAUGCACAUGUUAGCGAGCGCCUUGGCCCUGCUGGGAUGGGUGGGAGCCCUCCUGUCCUGCAUCAUGCCAAUGUGGCGUGUGACGGCCUUCAUUGGAACCACCAUUGUAACCUCAGAGAUCAUGUGGGAGGGCAUUUGGAUGAGCUGUGUGAUCCAAAGCACAGGCCAAAUGCAGUGCAAACCGUAUGAGUCCACGCUAGCGCUAGGCACGGAUCUGCAGGCGGCUCGGGCCCUCACAGUGAUGGCGAUCCUUUUGGGAGCGGUGGGCCUUGUUUUAGCCUUCAUCGGAGGAAAGUGCACCAUCUUCAUGGACCGAUCCAAAAGAUCCAAAGCCAGGAUCGCCACAGCAGCUGGUGUCACGUUGAUUGUCGCUGGAGUUCUCUGCCUGAUCCCCGUCUCCUGGUCGGCUGGCAUUGUGGUGAGAGCAUUUUACAACCCACAGAUGGCCGAUUCGCAGCGAAGGGAGAUCGGUGGUGCCAUUUAUGUUGGUUGGGGUGCGUCUAUUGUCCUCAUUUUGGGUGGAGGAAUGCUCUGCACCACUAUCUGCAAAGACAAAACAGAAGACGACAGUGGCCGUUCAGUGAAGUACCUGAUCGUGCGCUCUUCGCAGGCAGGGUCCAGCAGAGCGGGCUCCCAGAGGAUGCGGCCCGUCUCUGUGAGGUCACUGCAGAGUGGCGCUCCAUCUGUGAGGUCCCAGUGGAGUCAGAAAGCUCCUUUGAAUCAGGGAAGACCUCCUUCUCUGGGCUCCCACCAGAGCAGGCCGUCAACUACAAAGUCUCUGCUUGCCAGAGCCGAACUGAUGCCAGAGUCUGAGCGGGACGAGGGGGCGUCGACUAAGUCCCAGCUGAUUGAUGAUGGUUUGGAUCAGACACUGGCUGCUUCUGAACCUAGUGAGACUGAAGAUGCUCCCAAGACAUACAUUUGAAUAAGGAGACACCUAGAAACUGCAAAAUUUGUGUUGAUUGAAGGACUUACAUGCACUUGGACAGUCAUAUAUCUGCCAUAGCACUAUGAAUAUGAAGAAUGUGUGAUAAAAUGAAGAAUAUGUUAGUGGCUGAACCUUACUAUUAUGCAAAACUGAUAAUUAUCUCAGUCCAUUCUGACUUUUUUUUUAGAGAAUUUGAGGCACUUUAGGAAGUGCACCUGAUCGAGAUGAAGAUUUGCACUGUAACUUACACUCAGACUUCAGCAGUCAUGAUUAUGAUGCUGUUUUAUAGUUCAUUUUAAUCGUUUCCAUACAUUUUAUGUAUUUAAUGUGUUUACAUUUAAUGUAUGUUCAUGACUGUAAGCGGAAAAAUGUUUUUCCAUCAUGUCAUGCACUGUACUUAGCACAGUUCUCCUUUGUAGCGUAAAAAAAGCUGACGCCUCCUCAACAAACAUAUGGAAAUUUGUCAGUUUCAUUCAAAUAUUAUGUUGUUUUCCUGCUAGGAAACUAGAAUGAACAUAUUUCUAGUUGAAAACUGUCAUAUAAAAGCACUGCUAUGAUCUUGGCCACACAAGUGGUCUUUCAGAAAUGGACAAUUGUUCGGUUCAAAUGUUACAAGGGAGGGAAAAGAACACUCUCUUCAUUGUUACCCUUUCAUGUAUGUCAGCUCGAGCACUGAAUGAAACGGCAGAUCCAGGCCAAACCGGUUUAACAGAAAGUAUCACCUCAUGAAAACGCUUUGAAUUUUGUCGAGGCACAGAGUGUUUAAAAAGAGUUCAAAAGAAUGUGCUGUAGUGAAGCUUAAGCUGUAGAGAUAAAACCAAAAUAAAAAUCUUAAUGUUUAUCCAUUUUGCUUGAAAUUUAAAUUGAAUUAGCUGUUACAAGUUAUGAAGUAUAGUCAAUAGUUCGUGAAUGUCUUUGCAUAUGCCCUUGUAAUAUUUGUUUAGUCAGAACACUGUGAACCCGCCUGUUCUGAAUAUUUAUAAA